GGAAAGAAAGGGAACUGCGAAAGUUGACUUCCUAAAGAAAAUCGAAAAGGAAAUCCAAUUAAAAUGGGAAAAGCAAAAAGUGUUCGAGGUCAACGUAUCGGAUCAUCAGAAUCAGAGCGGGAAAAGCAAGUACCUUGUGACGUUCCCUUACCCUUACAUGAAUGGCCGUCUUCAUCUUGGUCACACAUUCUCCCUCUCUAAGUGUGAGUUUUCUGUAGGUUUCCAGAGACUGAAGGGCAAGAUAUGCCUUUUUCCAUUUGGUCUGCAUUGUACUGGCAUGCCUAUCAAAGCGUGUGCGGAUAAACUGAAAAGGGAGAUGGAGCUGUAUGGCUGCCCACCUCAGUUUCCUGAAGAGGAUGAGGAGGAGGAGGAUGAAGAGAUGCCAGCAAUAAAAGAGGAUGAGCUGGUUAUGAAAGACAAAUCCAAGGGAAAAAAGAGUAAAGCAGCUGCAAAGUCUGGAUCAGCAAAAUAUCAGUGGGUAAUUAUGAAAUCCUUAGGACUCACAGAUGAAGAGAUCAUAAAGUUUUCUGAAGCUGAACAUUGGCUUAGCUAUUUCCCACCUCUAGCAGUAGAAGACCUGAAAAGUAUGGGGUUAAAGGUGGAUUGGCGUCGUUCGUUUAUCACCACAGAUGUAAACCCUUAUUAUGACUCCUUUGUAAGAUGGCAGUUUGUAACCCUACUAGAAAGGAAUAAAAUCAAAUUUGGAAAAAGGUACACCAUUUAUUCACCAAGAGAUGGCCAGCCAUGCAUGGAUCAUGAUAGACAGACGGGAGAGGGUGUUGGUCCCCAAGAAUAUACACUUAUUAAAAUGAAGGUCCUUGACCCUUAUCCAUCAAAACUGAGUGGGUUGAAAGGAAAGAAUGUUUACCUAGUAGCUGCUACAAUGCGCCCAGAAACUAUGUUUGGACAGACAAACUGUUGGCUGCGGCCCGACAUGCCCUACAUUGCAUUUGAGACUGCCACUGGUGAUAUAUUUGUGUGUGCUCAGAGGGCAGCAAGGAACAUGUCUUACCAGGGUUUUACCAAAGACAAUGGGGUUGUUCCAGUAGUCAAAGAGCUCAUGGGAGAGGACCUUCUGGGUGCUGCUUUGUCAGCUCCACUGACUUCCUAUAAAGUAAUUUAUGCCCUUCCAAUGCUUACCAUCAAAGAAGACAAAGGCACAGGGGUGGUAACCAGUGUCCCUUCUGAUGCUCCAGAUGACAUAGCAGCCUUAAGAGAUCUGAAGAAGAAACAGGCACUCAGAGUAAAAUAUGGAAUAAAGGAUGAAAUGGUAUUACCUUUUGAACCUGUGCCAAUCAUUGAGAUCCCUGGCUAUGGAAACCUGUCUGCUCUUCAGGUCUGUGAUGAACUGAAAAUCCAAAGCCAAAAUGACCGGGAAAAGCUGGCUGAAGCCAAGGAAAAGGUCUAUCUGAAAGGAUUCUAUGAAGGUAUCAUGUUGGUUCCUGGAUAUGAAGGCCAGAAAGUGCAAGAGGUGAAAAAAACCUAUCCAGAAGAAAAUGGUUGAAAAGGGGGAGGCUAUGAUUUACAUGGAGCCAGAGAAGCAGGUGAUGUCCCGUUCUGCUGAUGAGUGUGUGGUAGCACUGUGUGACCAGUGGUACCUGGAUUAUGGCGAAGAGAAUUGGAGGACUCAGGCUGAUCUGUGUUUGCAGAACAUGGAAACGUUCUGUGAUGAGACCAGAAAAAACUUUGAAGCCACUCUUGGCUGGCUAAAAGAGCAUGCCUGUUCUAGAACGUAUGGUCUUGGAUCUCGCCUGCCGUGGGAUGAGCAGUGGCUGAUUGAGUCUCUUUCUGACUCCACAAUAUACAUGGCUUACUACACUGUUUGUCAUCUCUUGCAAGGAAACAAUGUUAGUGGCCAAGGAGAAUCUCCUAUUGGCAUCAGGCCAGAACAGAUGACCAGGGAAGUAUGGGAUUACAUCUUUUUCAAGAGUGCUCCAUUUCCAAAAACUACCAUCCCCAAGGAGAAACUAAACAAGUUAAAGAAUGAAUUUGAGUUCUGGUAUCCAGUAGACCUGAGAGCGUCUGGAAAAGACCUUGUCCCAAAUCACUUAACCUAUUAUCUAUACAACCACGUGGCUAUGUGGCCUGAAGACAGUGGUAAAUGGCCUGUAGCUGUCAGAGCAAAUGGACACCUUCUACUGAAUUCAGAAAAGAUGUCCAAGUCUACAGGAAAUUUUCUCACAUUAAGCCAGGCAAUUGACAAGUUUUCAGCAGAUGGCAUGCGUCUUGCACUUGCUGACGCUGGAGAUACUGUGGAAGAUGCCAACUUUGUUGAAGCCAUGGCGGAGGCUAGUAUUCUGCGGCUGUACACAUGGGUGGAGUGGGUCAAAGAAAUGUUAGCCAACUUCGACAGUCUGAGAAGUGGUCCCAACUGUACAUUUAAUGACCGCGUGUUUGAAAGUGAGAUCAAUGCAGGAAUUUUUAAAACUGAGCAAAAUUAUGAAAAAAUGAUGUUCAAAGAGGCUCUGAAAACUGGAUUCUUUGAAUUUCAGGCUGCCAAAGAUAAAUACAGAGAAUUGGCUAUUGAAGGCAUGCACCGUGACCUUGUGUUCCGGUUUAUUGAAAUCCAGACGCUCCUGCUGACUCCUAUCUGCCCACAUUUGUGUGAAUAUAUAUGGUCAUUACUGGGGAAGACUGAUUCCAUCAUGAACGCUUCCUGGCCUGUGGCAGGUCCAGCAGAUGAAGUGCUUAUCCGUUCAUCUCAGUACCUGACAGAAACUGCUCAUGAUCUUCGACUACGUCUCAAGAAUUACUUGGCUCCAGCUAAGGGGAAGAAAGGAGAUAAACAGCCACCUCAGAAGCCAUCUCAUUGCACAAUCUAUGUGGCCAAGACAUACCCAACAUGGCAGCACAUUACAUUAUCAACUCUUCGCAAGCAUUACCAGGCAAAUUCUGGUAGUCUGCCGGACAAUAAAGUUAUAGCCACAGAGCUAAACAGCCUGCCAGAGCUGAAGAAAUACAUGAAGAGAGUAAUGCCAUUUGUUGCCAUGAUCAAGGAAAACCUUGAAAAGAAAGGACCUCGUAUUCUGGACCUAGAGCUGGAAUUUGACGAGCAGGCUGUUAUUUUAGAAAACCUUGUCUACUUGACCAAUUCACUAGAUCUGGACCAGAUUGAAGUGAAAUUUGCUUCCGAAGCAGAUGAUAAAAUUAGAGAAGAGUGUUGCCCUGGGAAACCAUAUUCUGUCUUCAGAACAGAGCCUGGAGUGCCUGUAUAUCUAGUGAAACCCACAGCCCUCAAAUGGCCACUUUUCCAUGAAGAUUGAGAUCCGGCAGGGAGACAGCAGAGACUCUGUAAUAAGACGCCUAAUGAAGACUGAUCGGGGGAUCAAAGAUGUUGCAAAGGUGAAGCUUAUGCGAUAUGAUGACCCAGUGCUUGGUCCUCGUCGUGUGUUCCAGUACUGGGAAAAGAAGAAGUUGGUAAAACGGUCAUUUCCCCACAAGCUGCCUUCCACAUUGACCUUAAUGAAAAAAGAGUGCACAUAGCAGAUAAUGGUCUAAAGACGGACAUUGGAGAUACCUUGGUGUACCUGGUUGAUUAA